AUGGGCUCCCUCCCAGGUGCCAAGGUGAAGCUGAAGUGGGACUACGACAGAACCGAGGCAGAGUUGGAGUCCUGGGACGUGCAGAAAAAAGAGUCGGCGCAAGAAGCACAAGAAGUCGUGGAAUUCAGUGCCGGAGACAAGGUCGAGGCCAAGUACGGCAGCAGCUUCUACGACGCAGAAGUCCUGUCCAUGUCCAUGGAGGAUGGCAAAGUGAAGCUCAAGUGGGGCCAUGAUGGCUCCGAAGCGGAAGUGGAUGCUUCUGAGGUCAAGCUCAAGCCGGACUCCCAGGAGAAAGAGGCCGCGCCCCCUGCAGAGCUCAAGGAAGGAGACAAGGUAGAAGCAAAGUACGGUGACAGCUUCCAUGAUGCGGAGGUGGUCACGCCAGAGACCGAGGAUGGCAAGGUCAAAGUGAAGUGGGGCUUCGAUGGGAGCGAGGCAGACGUCGACCCGUCCGAGGUCAAAGUGAAGCCCGAGGAACCGCCCGAGCCACCGGAGAAGCUGCUGGUGAUCGGGUUCCUUCGGCCAAGACUCGAGGUGGAGCUGCGAACGAUGAACCGAAUCGAGGCCAAGGCUCCCGGCCAUUGCCUGGCGAACCCACGCGCCUCCGAUGAGGGCCCUGGCGUCGGUAUCGGUAUCAUGGAGCUGACACCGUCGGACGGCACCCUGGCCAAGCUCAUUGGCAAAGGCGGUGCGAUGAAGAUGAAGAUCGCCAGCAUCUCCGGAUGCAGCUUCGAGUACAUGGCCAAGGAUUCCGAGACCAAGCAAGCCUGGAUCCUCGGCACGGCCGAGGAACGUGCCAGGCGCGACUGCCCCCUAUCGCUCAGGCAGCACUCUGUCGACUUCCGGACUCGAGCUCAAGAGCUUCCAGCCGCCCUUCAGGACUGGUCGAGCAGCUUCACGGUGUCCGGCAACGCAGGACGUGGUCUGAAUGCGAGCUUCGGGAUGCAGACGAUCGAGGACAGCACGGAGACAUUCAUCUUCACUUUAUCCAAGCCCUCUGGGCCUGCCUCCGUUGUGAAGCGCGACAUCGUCAAGGACAGUGCGCAGGAGUGCAAGUCGAAGGGAGAGUGGCUGGAAGCCACUGUGCUUGAAGUUUCCACCUGGUCGACCGAAUCGGACGAUGAGGUGUUUGCAUGCAAGGCCAAGGUCUUCAAUGUGAAGGCGUUCAACGUCCGCGAGCAUCUGAAUGCCGAUGAGGCUCUCGAGCGGGAGCGUCAAGCCCAACGAGCUUCCGCGAAGGAGCUCAUCAUUAUCUCCUCACAGGCCGAGAAGCGUCGUGAGGCCACGCUGCUUCUGGCAGCAAGCCUGGAGGCCAAGUUUCCCGGCUGCUUCAGCGCGGGUGAGCUGGAAACGCCCGAGGGCAUCGCCGUGUCUGCCCUUGCCGGGGACAUGUCUGCCCUGACUGGGAAG